CCUAGCGGUGGUUUCGUGUUACUGAAUAAUACCCUACAGAGACACAGCCGGGAGAGCGAUAGAGGUAAAAAGCAGGGAGGGAGAUGAGCAUCUUGUUCCAAUGAAACAUCAAGCAGUGUGACGAUGACAGCGAAAGGCAGACAUAAAGCGGUCCCCUUCCCCCUGGCCCACCGGCUGACCAUGAAGGAGGUGUUUGAUGCGGAGGGCCGGCCGCGGGUGGACCUGCUCAAAGCUCACCUCACAAAGGAAGGCCGUCUCGAGGAAGCUGUGGCCCUGCGCAUCAUCGAUGAGGGCGCCGCCAUCCUGCGCCAGGAGCGCACUAUGUUGGAUAUUGAGGCGCCAGUCACGGUGUGUGGAGAUAUCCACGGCCAGUUCUUCGACCUGAUGAAGUUAUUUGAAGUGGGAGGUUCUCCUGCGAACACACGCUACCUCUUCCUAGGGGACUAUGUGGACAGGGGGUACUUCAGUAUUGAGUGCGUGCUGUACCUGUGGUCACUGAAAAUCCUCUACCCAAAGACGCUCUUUCUUCUACGGGGGAACCAUGAAUGUAGACAUCUGACAGAAUACUUCACCUUCAAACAAGAAUGUAAGAUCAAGUACUCAGAGCAGGUGUAUGAUUCCUGCAUGGAGGCGUUUGAUUGCCUGCCUCUGGCAGCCCUGAUGAACCAGCAGUUCCUGUGUGUCCAUGGGGGGCUUUCACCAGAGAUUCACACGCUGGACGACAUCAAGAAGUUGGACCGGUUCAAGGAGCCGCCGGCGUUUGGGCCCAUGUGCGACCUGUUGUGGGCCGACCCCCUGGAAGACUUUGGCAACGAAAAGACCCAGGAGUACUUUGGCCACAACACAGUCAGAGGGUGCUCCUAUUUCUACAGUUAUCCAGCAGUGUGCGAGUUCUUACAGACCAACAACUUGCUGUCAAUCAUCAGAGCGCACGAAGCACAGGAUGCUGGGUACCGUAUGUACAGGAAGAGUCAGACUACAGGUUUCCCCUCGCUCAUCACCAUCUUCUCUGCUCCAAACUACCUGGAUGUCUACAACAACAAAGCUGCGGUGCUAAAGUACGAGAACAAUGUGAUGAACAUCCGUCAGUUCAACUGCUCUCCUCACCCCUACUGGUUGCCCAACUUCAUGGACGUCUUCACAUGGUCGCUGCCUUUCGUUGGAGAAAAGGUGACUGAGAUGCUGGUCAAUGUCCUGAGUAUCUGCUCUGACGAUGAACUCAUGAACGAUGGAGACGAAAUCUAUGACGGUAAGAAGCCACCAGCAGUGAUUUUUUCUUCUUUUCCAUUUGCUUCUUUUAUUAAUGAAUUUGUGCUUGACUCACUUCCAGCCAGUGCAGCAGCAGCAAGGAAAGAGGUGAUCAAAAACAAGAUCCGAGCCAUCGGGAAGAUGGCGAAAAUGUUCUCCGUUCUACGGGAGGAGAGUGAAAAUGUCUUGACCCUGAAGGGACUGACCCCAACAGGCAUGCUGCCCAGUGGAGUUCUCUCUGGGGGCAAACAGACCCUGCAGAGUGCUACCAUUGAGGCCAUUGAAGCUAUCGAGACAGUUAAGGACUCCGAAGCCAUUCGAGGGUUCUCCCCACAGCAUCGGAUCAGCAGUUUUGAGGAGGCCAAAGGUCUGGAUCGGAUCAACGAGAGGAUGCCGCCGCGUCGUGAUGCCGUCAACAGCGUGGGCCUGUCGAUGGGCCGCAUGAACAUGGGAGAGCCCAAUGGGACCGACAGCAACAGCAAUAUACAGUGAUGGACGUACACUCCCACGUGACCCGAGCACACUCCUGCAGUUACAACACUGAUAUGGUCCCAUAUUUAAAAAAUAUCUGUACAUAGGCAUAAAUACACAAGAAAAAUGCAUCUCAUACACACACACACACACACACACACGCGCGGAGUAUUUCCUUUACUAAAUAGGUACAGACAACAUAACACACACAUGCAAUUACAUACACAUACCCCUAGCCCUUUUUCCUGUUGCCCUCAGCUGUUAUGUAAAGGCAUGAGCGUACCUGGACUUUACCACCAAAGGCUAUUCUCUUCACUGAACUGAUUGGCCCUAUUUAGAGAACUACAACUCCCAUGUACCUGCACAACAACAGGAAAGACUCUCCAAAAAGUACUCCCCACGCAAAGCACGAGGAGCUUGCUGUUCACCUUGUAUGUUGGGGGAUCACCAGCGGGUUGACAGUGACAAACCUGUGAUGGCAAUCGGGGGGUUCGGGGAGGGGGCAGGGAAGCCUUUAAGUCAUGUAUGCUUCUUUUUCCUGUUUCCAUCCCCAAAACAGGAAGUGGAACCAAACAUAUGCUGAUUUUUCUAAAGCCGUGGAUUUGCCUGAACAGUGUCAGUGUCUGUGAGGCUAUAUAUCGGGGGGGCGUUUGCAUACACGAGCAGAUGUGGCCAUCAGGCAGGCGACAGUGAGAAAAAGUUUUGAUGUGUGGUGUGAGCGAGAGAUGUGCGGAGAUAAUCUCAAGCUGCAGUCUAAUCUGAGCCCUCGCUGUCCUUUAUUUCUCUGGAGAUUCACGUUUUUAUUUUGUAGCACCACACUGCACGCAUUCACCACUUGAAGUCAAGUGGCAGACAGUCCACCCCACCCCUCCAAAGAAACAAAGAAACCCCCCUGGUUCCAAAACACAGUCCAGGAUCAUAUUUGAAGUGUUUCUCCCCACAUGUUCGUGUAAAUAGAAUAAAUAAGACAGAUUUUAUUGCACAUCUGGUGACAGGAUGCAAGAUGCAGUAUAUCGUAAGUAGGAUGCUUAAUGGACUGUAUGUGUGUGUGUGUGUGUGGGGGGGGGGGGGGGUACGCGGGGGAGUUGAAAUGUGAAUCCAACACUCUAUCCAUUCUCUAUUCAUCCUCCUUUCUGCCCGUGUUGCUGUCUGCUAAAAGAUGGCAGUGACGGCCGGGAAUCGCUGGCCUAAAACGCAGGAAAUGAUAUUUCACUGAGGAAACUGACUCUUCUGGUGACGGCGGCAGCCAAGACAACGAGAAGAAGUCAGAAGAAAAAGGUCUUUGUAAAGCAUUUAUAUUAACGCAUCAGUGCAUGCAGAGUUAAGUUCUUUGAUAAUAAUGUGAAGAUUAUAUUUGUGCUCUGUGUUUCACUAUGGUAGGAUUUUUUUUUUCUUCUUGUUUUCUGGCUAAUAUAAAUGAACUGAGGUAUAAUGAAUCAUUUAUUUUGUACAUAAUGUUAAUUUAUUUUUUUUGUAUUCAUUUUGUGUUCAAUUUUGUUGCUUUUUUUUUCUUUCUUCUUUUUCACAACCUGUGUUUCCGUUUUUUUUUUUUUGUUUUUUUUUCCGAGGCUGUACAGAAUGACAAUUCGCUUCUAUUCAAAGUGUCGAGUCCACGUUCUCUCCUCUCUUCUUUGUCGAUGUACAGGAGUUGUUUCUAAUGAUAAAUAUGAAUAAUGAUAAACAAAUAUUAAACUAGCAUUGAUGAAUGACCAUUACUAUAUACAAAGGCACAGGCAUUCAGGCAGCCAAAAGCAUGAUUGCAUGGUUAAAAUUUGCGCUGUUCCAGGCAAAAAGCAGCAGACACAUUUUAACAGGAGGCGUGUUGCCGUCACAACUUAAAGGAAAAAAGUGUACUCUCUCUCUGAUCAUAAUUCUUGAUGAUUCCUCUUGUUAUUUGAUGAUAUUUAUGAGUCUAUGAUUAUUAUGAUUAUAUUUAUUAUGGACAUUAUUCUUAAUAUUUAAGCUCUUUCUCUCUGCUGGUUGCUCUUCAUGUUGCGUUGCUCCUUGGUUGAUCUUGUGCUUCUUUGGGAGAGGUGAACCCCCCUUGGGAGACCCUGUGCCAUAGAAAUUGUGCCACGGUUCUGACUUUCUCUGUCUCUCUCUCUCUGCCUCUCUCUCUCUCUCUCAGUUUUCUCUUUCUCUCGGCUCUCUUUCUGUUUUGACUCCCCGGUCACUAACACUGUAAGCAUGCCCCAUGGGACGAUCCACUUUUUUUACUCUUGAAUAAAAUAUGCAUGAACCUUU